GCCCCGCCCGCGGGCACCCGCUCCGCACGGAGGAGCCGCAGCCCCGCACCGUCCCCGCGGCAGCCGGGCCGCAGCCCCGCCGGCAUGGAGUGAAGGAGGCGCGGAGCCCCGCGCCGCCCGGCCCGGCCAUGGAGCUGAGGAGAUCCAUCUCGGCCAGCGCGGAGGCCGAGAGACCCAUGAGGCGUUAUGGGGCAGUGGAGGAGACGGAGUGGAAGGCAGAGGCGCUGGGGAGAAAUCAACUUGACAUCAUUUCAAUGGCUGAAACAACAAUGAUGCCUGAGGAAAUAGAGCUAGAGAUGGCAAAGAUCCAGAGACUUCGGGAAGUCUUAGUCAGAAGAGAAUCAGAACUCAGGUUUAUGAUGGAUGACAUCCAGCUGUGCAAAGACAUUAUGAACCUUAAGAAGGAGCUGCAGAGUUUGGUAGCGAUCCCAGAAAAAGAAAAAACGAAGAUGGAGAAACAAAGAGAAGAUGAACUGAUUCAGAAGAUACAUAGACUGGUGCAAAAAAGAGAUUUUCUUGUAGAUGAUGCAGAGGUGGAGAGAUUACGAGAGAAAGAAGAAGACAAAGAGAUGGCUGAAUUCCUACGUACUAAGUUAAAACCCUUAGACAAAGCAACACAGUCUCUUACCAGCAGCCCAGCAGAAAAGAAGGCAGAACCUCCUCCAAGCAAGCCCGCCAUUGCCAAGGCAGGAUUGGCCAUUAUUAAAGAUUGCUGUGGAGCCACACAAUGCAGCAUCAUGUAGCUCUGGGCUCUCUACCAUAUUUGUUGUCUUUUCAGAUGUUUUCAUUGAAGGAAACUGUAGGGUAGAGACAUUUAACAGCAUCCCACUAAAUGAAUCAAGAUCAAACUGUGGUACAGCUGUAAUACAUGGAAUGUACAAUGGCAGGUUCUUCACUGUUGCAUGGAUCACUCAACACGCAUGCCUAAAAAAGCAAGAAAUCCAUAUAGUGGCUGUCCAGUGACCAGAAGAGAUCUGUAAUAGUGUUAACAAAAAUAUCCCAGUGAUAAAAGUGAAAGAAGUUUCAUCAAGUAAUGUGUAAAAAAGCAAUUUUGAUAGGUCACUUCGUAAGAAUUUGUUGUAUACCUUUCCCCUCUCACAAACAACACUCAGACAUUUGCUGGAAUAUUCUAUUUUGGCUAUAUUUUUUCAAAUGAGAGCCACAAAUAGCAAUGCAGUAUGCACAACCAAUAGGUUAAAUUAAGCAAUUUUAGGGUAACUGAUGUUACAUGCAAAAUAACUUUCAAGCUUGUGUGAUGCUUAACUACUUUGCUGUGGAGUUUCACUUGGAAUUGCUUCUCAAGACUAAAUAUCAGUAGCAAGGAUGCUGCAAGUAGAUAUAGGUCUUAUACCCCCUGAUUUCUGAGUUACUCAAAGCAAAUAUUGCUUUCACCGGGGAAAAAAGUCUCGGUAAAGUUCUAGAAAGCACAGCUACAGUGAUCUGUAAGUAAAUGAUUAUUCCAACUCUGUCUUAUUUCUCUCAUAGCUCUCCACCUCAUAUAGACUCAGAGAGAUAAUUGCAAAGUUUUUCAUCUACCGAAGUUGUAUGCAGUUUGAGAUUACCUGCCAGUGGUGGGCUGCUGGGAAGAGCUGAACUCACCAUCAUAGCAACAACAUUUAACUAACAGCUUAAAAUUAACUAUUAAUUGAAUAAUUAAUGACCAUGAGAAAUAGAAUCUAUCAAGCAUAGGGAGACAUUAGCCACCCAAUGCAAAUUGGCCACAAGACUAAUAUAAAACACAGAAGCAGAUACUUGUGGUAUGAAGAUGAUCACAUUCCACUCAAAACAGGUUUAAACUUAAGGGCAAUACAGAAAGACUUAUGUGUUUCUCCAUUUAAUGCAUUUCUGGUCUCUAUGCAGAUUAAACCUUGUAGAAUCUAAUAUUAGCUGUCAGUAGCCAGUACGUGUGUGACUAUUCCAUAUAAAUGUAUUGUGAUAGGUGUAAAUAGUAAAAUAAAUGUACACAAUAUGAUGUGAAAACAAUCUCAGGCUUAGAAGUAACAAACUGAUAGCAAAAAGUCCUUCAAAUAUGAAAGUUUUGAAGAGUAACUUCAAUUUUGCAAAACCAGCCAAGUUAAAUGUGCACUUGUAUACAAAAGAACCACAGUUACGUGUAAGGGGGAAAAACACCAACAGCAGAGCUACCCGAAGAGAAUAGACGUGUUCUUGGAGAAAGGAUCUUACCAAGUUUUGAGGAGAAAUGCCCUCAAAAGUAAAUGAGACUGUUCUUGUACAAAUCAAAAACAGCUCUCUAGAAUUGGACUGGUUCGAUGAAGAACAUCUGCAUUUCCAGAACCACAGCAGACUCACUUGUGACACAGGACUGGUGGUGACAAGAUCCUUAAGAUAACAGUUCAGGAAGAAAUAACACCAAAGGUUUCCAACUAAGAUAUGAAGCAUAUUAAAUGCUUUGAACAAAGAUGUGAAAACAUAUCCAAGGCUGAAUAGUCAAAUACAGUUGGACACCGUUACCGAUUCACAACAGAUAAGGCCCUGUAGCUGUUAACAGCUACUGUCUGGUAUGAGCUGGAGGCUGUAUAGCACCCAUAUACUUAUGGGAGUUCUGGGAGGGACUGCUUUGCAUAUAAGGGAAAAUACACAUGGGAGGGCAAGGAAUGACCACUGACUUCUGGACAGUUCAGCAGAACUUGCUGGUACCUUAUUAAGAUACUGAUAACUCCUGAUGUCUCAACGUACAGAUGUGUUACAUCAUAAACAAAGUCAAAAGGAAGUUUUUUUUUAAACUUGUAGUGAAGACUUAGACUGUUACAACUAAGUAUUGCAAAUGCCAGUAAGUGAAGGGAUUCACAUACAGGUGUCAGAAGACAAGAGGUGACUUAGAAACAUUAGAGUUUAAACCAGGUUGCGCUGAUGACCAGGAUAAGUCCUAUGUGCCACACCGCUGCCUACCACCCCUCCCUUAGAAAGAAAAAGCAAUCAGCAAAACAUAGGUAUGUAUUUAAAAUUUCACUGACAUAGAAUGAAGCUACACAGCAUUGGGAUUCAGCAGGCAUGACUACAAAACUCUCUAAUUAAAAUGAAGGAAAAGCCCAACAAAUGUGAACAUGAUAUGCCCUGAGGGACUUGAUGGGCAACAGCAGUAUUAAUGAGAGUAAACUUUAUUUCCAGAAGCAGUACCUUGGCUGAAAGGUUUUCUUUAUGUGGCUCCUUGAGAUGGGGAGUUUGCAAUGCUGCUUCACAAUAAAGUCCUGUUUUCUCUUUCAAAAAGACCGCGUGGUUCUCAGCGGCAAUCAGCAGCACUGGCAUGCAGUCCAUCCAGGACACAGCAGAGACCUGACAGUUUGCUUCAAACAGCUGUAAUUUAACAAAUUAAACUUGGGAAGUGUGUAGAAAUCUUAGUCCUUGUGUUAAGAAAUGAGACAAAAAUACAGUACUUAUCCUCAGGCAUUGUAGCUUCCAUGACCCAAUGAAUACAGAACAGUGUGCACACCCCCCCAGUUCAAAACCAGCAGAAAACUUGAGACAAGUACAUUUAGGUGGCCACACGGAGCACCUGCCAUCAUUUCAGAGCCAGUUCUCCAAUGCCAGUUACUGCCUGCAAAAAGGAAAUUUGUUUGAUCAAAGCACCUAAAACCUUUUCUUGAAGUUCCAGCUGUUCACCCAGGCAAAAAGGCAGCAAGGCAUCGCAGAGAAGGAAGUUGAAGUUAGAUGUGACACUUCUCUGUGAGCUGGUAAACAUGGCCACGCUCUGGGAAGGAUCUCUGUUUGCAAUGAAAAAAGUGACAAAGUUCUAUUUGUACUGAUCAUUAGUUCUACCAGCAAAUGGUUCUCUUGUACCCUUCCCCUAGGCCUGCUGACUCUUCAGCAAAGUUAAAUGUAUUUCCAAAUAAACUAAGCUGCUGUAUUAUACUAA